CCUUGUGAAUCCAGCGCCAUAGCCACCGUAGUCCUGGCGACUGUUACCCAUCAACAACAACUACUCCUCUCCUCCUCCUCCAUCACCACCACCACCACCACCACCUCUCCAACCUCAUCAUCACCAUCCUCCCCAUCACCCACAACAACCAGCACCAACAACAACAUUAUACUCCUCAGCCAAGAUGCGGCUGAAAAACAAUCUAGAUGAAGUUACUGCAGCAGGAACAUGCCAGGACCAUGCCAUUGAGACACACAGAAACUGGAUACAGCAUGGAGGUGACAUGUUCAUUUUGAGGAAGGGGUUGGAAGGAUGUGAAGUGGGGAAGACUACCAUGCAGACAUCCGAAACGGUGUCGGACACGGGUUCGACGGUGACAUUACAGACAUCUGUGGCAGGUCAAGCAGCAGUGCCCACCCAGGUUGUACAACAGGUACCAGUGCAGCAGCAGGUGCAGCAGGUGCAGACUGUACAACAGGUGCAGCAUGUUUACCCAGCACAGGUACAAUAUGUUGAAGGAAGCGAUGCUGUCUACACAAAUGGAGCAAUCCGGACAACAACAUACCCUUACACAGAAACUCAGAUGUACAGCCAAAACACUGGGGGCAGUUACUUUGACACCCAAGGCGGAUCUGCACAGGUGACAACAGUGGUCUCAUCUCAUAACAUGGUCGGCACUGGAGCUAUUCAGAUGGGGGUCUCUGGAGGGCAAAUCAUUAGCAGCACUGGUGGAACCUAUCUGAUUGGCAACUCCAUGGAAAACUCAGGCCAUUCUGUGAGUCACACAACCCGUGCCUCUCCAGCAACAAUUGAAAUGGCGAUUGAGACACUGCAAAAGUCUGACGGCCUUUCAAGUCACAGAAGCUCUCUUCUCAACAGCCAUCUCCAGUGGCUGUUGGAUAACUAUGAGACUGCUGAAGGAGUUAGUCUCCCCAGAAGUACCCUAUACAAUCAUUACCUUCGACACUGUCAGGAGCACAAACUAGAUCCAGUCAAUGCUGCAUCCUUUGGAAAACUUAUCCGUUCCAUAUUCAUGGGACUCCGAACAAGAAGACUGGGAACCAGGGGCAACUCAAAAUACCACUACUAUGGAAUUCGUGUCAAGCCAGAUUCCCCUCUUAAUAGGUUACAAGAGGACAUGCAAUAUAUGGCUAUGCGACAGCAACCCAUGCAGCAGAAACAAAGGUACAAGCCUAUGCAGAAGGUGGAUGGAGUGGGGGAUGGAUUUGCCGGAAGUGGAGCUCAGACUGGUGCAUCAGUAGAGCAAACUGUCAUUGCUCAAAGUCAACACCAUCAACAGUUCUUAGAUGCGUCUAGAGCACUUCCAGAGUUUGCAGAAGUUGAAAUAUCUUCUCUGCCAGAUGGUACAACCUUUGAAGAUAUCAAGUCACUGCAGACUCUAUAUCGGGAGCACUGUGAGGCAAUACUGGACGUUGUGGUAAACCUGCAGUUUAGCCUGAUUGAGAAACUGUGGCAAACCUUUUGGCGCUACUCUCCCACCACGACAGCUGACGGCACCACCAUUACAGAAACUGGCAACCUGAGUGAAAUGGAAAGCAGACUGCCAAAAUCAACGUUGAUUUUGCUCUGCAAAAAUGAAUCCAUUUUGAAGUGGAUGUGCAACUGUGACCACGUGAUGUACCAAGCUCUGGUGGAGAUCCUCAUUCCUGAUGUCCUAAGACCAAUUCCUAGUGCCUUGACCCAAGCCGUUCGAAACUUUGCAAAAAGCCUUGAAGGUUGGCUCUCUAGUGCCAUGAGUAAUAUUCCACAAAGAAUGGUACAAACUAAGGUUGCUGCUGUAAGUGCCUUUGCUCAAACUCUGCGAAGAUACACCUCUCUCAAUCACUUGGCUCAGGCGGCGCGUGCCGUGCUCCAGAACACAUCUCAGAUUAACCAGAUGCUUAAUGACCUCAACCGCGUGGACUUUGCCAAUGUCCAGGAGCAGGCUUCCUGGGUGUGCCAGUGUGAUGACAACAUGGUGCAGAGACUAGAAACAGACUUCAAAAUGACUCUUCAGCAGCAAAGCACUUUGGAGCAGUGGGCUGCCUGGCUCGACAAUGUGGUGACGCAAGCACUGAAACCAUAUGAAGGAAGGCCCAGCUUUCCUAAGGCAGCUCGCCAGUUUUUGCUUAAAUGGUCAUUUUACAGUUCCAUGGUUAUACGUGACUUAACCCUGCGCAGUGCUGCUAGCUUUGGCUCUUUCCAUCUGAUUCGUCUUCUCUACGAUGAGUACAUGUUUUAUUUAGUUGAGCACAGAGUUGCUCAGGCAACUGGUGAAUCCCCAAUAGCCGUCAUGGGAGAGUUUGGUGAUAUAAAUGACACGUCUCCUGGAAAUAUGGAAAAAGUUUCAUGGUUGUUUGUUUGUGCAGAUGAAGGCAGUGAUGUGGAGAGUGAGAUGGACGAGGAACUUGAUGAUUCUGGAGAGCCCCCAGCCAAAAGGGAGAAGACAGAGUUGGGUCAAGCGUUCCAGGUGGGCUGCAUGCAGCCAUCGCUGGAGGGUAGUGUUCAGCAGAGCCUGGUUUUGAACCAAAUACACAGCGAGCACAUUGUCACAAGCACUCAAACCAUCAGGCAGUGCAGUGCCACCGGGAAUACCUACACUGCAGUCUAGUGAAUAUAAAAAGCUUUCAAAACAGAAGUGUAUAAAUAUAUGUAUGUUGGGCUUGAAAUUACAGCAGUAGAAAAGAAUAUGCCUAAAGACCGACUGUUGUCAAAUUUUCCUAUUGUGACCUUAACUAUUUUGUCAACCUUAACCCAAGCACAGCUUCAUUGCCCUUUCACGGUGUACAAUAUUGUUUUUUGCUUGGUUUUAAUAUUGCAUUUUAAGACUUUUUUCAUAAGGUCAUUCUACCAUGAUCCUUAGUUUCUUACUGUCACUGGAAUUGUUUCUUAUUGUUUUUUUCUUUUUUUUUUCCUUGUUUUUAUAUAUCUUUUAUUGCUGGGUUUAUUGUACUUAUUAGUUGCACUGUUGAUCACUUACACUGGAGAAAGAAGGUGCAGCGUAUACAUGACAUAUAUGUGGGAAAGACCCUGUAUCUUUGUAAAAUAAGAUAUUUAUAUGUACUGUAUGAUGAUAAAUGUUUUGGCUGUUGUUCUGUUGUACAAAGGAGAAUUCAAGCUUCAUCUUUUGCGUCCUACAAAAGUCUGCAUGAACCGGUGUGGUACGCUAAAGUUACAAUAUGAGUGAAAAGUAGGCUUUUGUCUAACAGUAAACAACGCAAACAAGUUCCGUUAAUCGUAUCCAUCCUGUUGAUAAUGACAUUUGUAAACUCUGGAUUUCACGUAGCCGAAGUGCAUUCUUAGAUGCUCUGAAACAUCAGCAUUUUUGAGGAUUUUGAAGCGGAUACUCGGCUCCUCCAUUGGGAUACUACUGAUAUUGCAUUGUGUCUCACUGCACAAAUGCUGUAUGCCCUUGAGCAUAUCUGCUACUAGAUGGUAUGAAACAGAACAGAAAAGGACACACAGUGAUAUAAUUCUUUAACCUCUUCACCCCUGAGAUCACUUGCACAAACAUCUGAGAUCAUCAAGAAACAAAAGACAUAAAGAGGAUGUAAAUAAGGGAAUA